UCUUCCCCAAUCCGGCAAUCCCCCACCACCCCACAACAAGGAUGGCGACGACCACCCCCGCCGAGCUCAGGAUGAAGCUCCUCAUCGACGCCAAGUCCCGGCGCGUGCUGUUCGCGGAGGCCGGCAAGGACGCCGUCGACUUCCUCUUCUCCCUCCUCGCGCUGCCCCUCGCCACGGCCGCCGCGCUGGUCGGGCCGGGGUCCGUGGCCGGCAGCGUCGGCACCCUUUACGCCAGCGUCGAGAGGCUCGACGACUCCUACAUCCUGCCCGGCGCCGACAGGAGUCGCCUCCUCCGCCCCACGAUCGUGGCCUCGCCCGCCAUGACCGUCACCAGCUCCCUCCUCUUGCCGUCGCAAGGUGGGUGGGUGAAGUCCUUUUUCAAGUGCGAGAACAGCGGCAGGUACGGAUACGGAUACAGCGGCGACACCUGCUCCAGGUACGUGACCGACGCUGGCGGCGCCGCCUGCCCCAGCUGCCACCGCCCGAUGACGGCGCCGCUCGAGUACGUCUCACCGUCGGCGUCGGCAGCCGGAUCGGGCGGCUUCGGCCAGUGGGUGGCGCCGCCGAACGCCUCCACCGGUGGAGCGGCGAGAGGGUUCGUGCAGGGGGUGGUGACGUACACGGUGCUGGACGACCUCACCGUGACGCCCAUGUCCGCCAUCUCCAGCAUCACGCUGCUCAACGCCUUCGCCGUCACCGACCUCGCCGCGCUCCAGGAGGUGACCGUGCGCCUCGGCUACACCGAGGUGAUACAUCCACACAUCGCCUUCAAUCUGUUCGAUCGCUCUUGUUCGCUUUCAUGUGUUUCUAAUUCUGCUCUCCAAUCCGUGUCGAUUGUGAGACACUGAUCGUUAAUUUUGCCGGCAGGGCUUGGCGAUCCUCAAGGCCUCCCUGCAGUCCAAGACAGUCCUCACCGAUGUUUUCCUCGGCUCCGGCCGUGCGUGAAGCUCCGUAGUCUGUACGUGCGUGGUCACAGUGGUCACAACACAAGAGUUGCUGAGUUGAAGAUGGGUUAAUUAGGCCGCUAUUUUGUGAUGCUUUAAUCAGUCUGGGUGUGUGAUAGAUGAUCCGUUCACCUAUAUGUACUUUUUUGCAAUGUUUUGCUCAAGAAUUGGGCUCAUGAUUACUCUGUUUCUUGUA